AUGUGGGCACAACAAUCUCCGACUUCACCCACGCAUCAGCAACACGAAUUCAUUAUUUCCACAAAUGAUAAUAUUACUUCUAAUUUAAAUUCCAACGAUGGUACAUUGAACAACGAUGGCAUUGUAGAUACUUCAUAUCAUUACAACAUGAGAUCCAACACUGGCAAUAAUAAUUCAAGUAGUAGGCCCAUACAUAAUUCUCUGUACGCAGGAGCAGCUAGACAUGUCUUUCUUCAUUCUCAUGACUAUUCGUUGUUUAGAAAAACGGAGAGACUUGUUUGGCAAUUAAAUCAUCUUCACGCCAAUGUCAAGCAACUCAUUCAAAAGAGUGAACACAGUAUGAAUUCAUCUCAUGUACCUUCUCCUUCAUCACCCUCUCUAAGCACACGAAAUAUCCAAGUUAUUGCAUCAUCCGUAAAGCAUCAGAAGGAGCUUUCUAUGCGAAAGAAUAGGUUUUUACGAAAUAACAUCCACUUAUUGGAUAUGCCAUCAUCACAUUUUCAUCAUCACACUCAUCCUUCCUUUGAUGAAUCGGUAGUUGGAUUUACAUCUUCUAGUAUCAUUUCAUCAAUUAAUACACCUGAAUACACUAAUGAACGGAUAAACUCUUCCAUCCAAAAUUCACCAUCCAUGUCCGAAGAUUCUCUUAUCAGCCAAUAUCAUCAUGGCAUUACUCAUCCAUUUCCUGGAGAGUUAUCACUUCCAAGAAGUAUGAGCAUAGACCAAUUAAAUCAAGCAACAAAUAAUGGAAUUGUUAGAAGCAUUAGUAUUGACCAAAUUCAUUACAACGGUAGUAAUAAUAAUCAAGGUGGAGUUGUAAUAUUACCCUCUCAUCUUUAUGGUGACCAAGGUGGGAUAUUUUCUUCAUCUCCUAAAGGGGUUCAUCAUACUCUUCAUGAAUCUUUCAAUAGCCUUGAAAUUAGUUCAAUAGCAUCCAAUGAAGAGUUGUUUGGCUCAGAGGAACAUAACAUGGAGCUCCUACCGAGCACUCUCGUUCAUACUAUUUAUUCCAAGUACGGACUCGUGUUAACGAUAGAUGUUAGUCCUUCAAUGCUUGCAAUGGACCCAACAACAGGAGAAGUUCUGUUUGACAGGGUUUUUGUUGCCAUAUCUAACGUAAUUACACAUUUAAUUCAGCCAUUAACCAUUCCUAAUUAUAAUGGUGAGAUCAUUCCAGAGAUUCACGUUACUUGUGUUGCAAUCGGUAUGGCAGGAAGGCCUGUUUUUUCUCUAUUUCAAGAUUGUCACAUUACCACAUAUAACUUGAAUGAAAUGCUUGGGAAAAUUUAUCAACAAUUGUGUGACCUGGAGAAUUUAGCCUCUACAUCUCUCAAAAAUUCUAAGGCUAACGAUAAUUUGGCAACAAAUUUAAAAUUUAGUCAAUAUGUUAAGGAUUCUCUUUUAGCAUUGGAAUUCCUUCCUCCUGACGCAUGUCCAAUAUUAAUGUUAGUUAGUGACAGCGUGUUCAACCUUUCAGACUUGAACUCAGACAUUGUGUUUGAUAUCAAUCAACGUGACGUCAGUAUUGCUAUUUUAAACAUUACUUCCCAAAGCAAUGGGCACGGGCAUCUUUAUAGUUAUGUGCCUGACUCCGAAUUGAUCGAAUCAUUGGUAGCGUGUACAGAUGGAGUUUACAUAGAUUUUGAUUACAUGUCAAACUCAGAAAACGAAAUGAACGAAAAAAAAAAGACAAAAGCACUUCAAUAUGGGCUAUUGCUGAAAUCUCCGUCAAUCUUGAUUGCAGACAACGAAAGCUUGAUUUUAUCAGCUAGCGAGGGGAGUAUUUUUCCUAGCAUACCUUCGGAUUCAAUCAAGAAAGAUAUUCGAAAGAAUUUCUUUGAGUAUGACGUAUUAACCUAUAAUCUGACCAUGUCAAGCGUAGACCCAAUUUUGAAAAAGCGAGCUAUCCAAGGGUUUAGAAUCACUGACAUCAAAUAUACUAAUCCAACAGACAAAUUAUCCAAGUUCAAAGCUGAAGAUGAGAAGUUGGAUUUAAAGUACGUCAAAAUGAGUCUACUUUAUCGAAGGAACCUAGAAAUAAUUUACAAGGUACAUGUUGAACGAUUUGGACCUGGUAUGGAGGACCAAGAUCUUGAUGUACUUUCAUCGAACAGUUUUUCAGGGUUUGGGAUUUCUAAAGCCAAUAAGGCUAAAAUUUCAGUUACUAUAUCUGUGUUCAUGCACAAAAACAAUUUAGAAAAGUUUAAAGCCUUCCUUAAAAAACGAACGAAAGAACCAUUUCUAAAACACUUGCAAGAAUAUAUCCAGUCUAUCAACAUUGAAGACGUUCUCGUUGAGCAGUAUUUUAACCUGUCAGAGAAUUGUUCUGGGCUCAAUCGAUCUUCAAUAAGAAAAAUGGACAUUCCCAAUAUUAAUUUUGAUCACGAGCGAGAAUGCUUCUUUGAGACGCAAAAGCUAGCACUUUGUUUUAACUCUGAUGAGAAUAUUCAAAAGUCAGAUGUAACCAUACAAAAAAUACUCUCUCAGAUCCAAACAGGAACAAGUGAUGCUUCUCCUACUGUACAAAACAACCUCACUCUCUUCAAAUCAUUUUGUGAGAAUGGUUGGUGCUCUACCAAGAUUUCAGAUGAUAUUUUUAUUCUAUUUAUUUCCGAACAAGAUCACACGUGCUACAUGUACGACACCGUUCAUGAUACCACACUAUUGACAAUGGAAGAAAAAGAUACCUCAGUUUCUUGUGGUUUUUGUUUAUUGAAAAUUGCAAAAUCUUAUACAUCCGUCGUAGAACUUAAAUUUCAAUUUUUCAACGUUUCCUCUUUCACAAUAUUUAGAGUACUAAGACAUUUUAAAGAACAAGCUCUAAAACUCUUUUAUCAAAGAAAUAUUCACGCACAUUUCAUAGAGAACUCUGCGUUCUCAGAAAUUGUAGCCAGACUUCCUAUUUGUAAAGACGACGAAUCUCAAUAUCAACAAUCCUUAUUCAGCCAUUCACCACAUUUUACUUCAUAUCUAAAGCACAGAAAUUGGAUAUGGCCCAUAGGAGGAAGGCUUAAUAUUGCAGCAAUUCUAUCAUGUUUGCUCGCACAAAGGGUGAACGAGGGGUUUUCUCUAGUGAUCACUCGGCAAUCUGUAGUAUUUUUCAAGGAGUUAGAAAUAACGAAAACGAAUUAUUUCUCGAAUAGUGACUUUUUAUCUAAGCUUAUUCUGUUUUAUUGUAUCCACAUUUUGAAGAAAGAGAAAAAACUAGUGACAGAAGUGUGGGUUGAACCACAAUCAGGCUACGUUACAUACUCCAAUGGCGUUCAUGUGGAUUCAAAUCAAUUUUGCACAGAUUUAUGUGAUAAUUGGUUUCAUAAUCUGGAUUUGCAAGUUAUCUCACUGUUUUCUACGUUUGAAAACAUAGUGACUGCUUGUAAAUCUGGUAAAGGUAAUAAUUCGAUCACUGUUUUUCAGCCUGAUAAACCUGGCAGCAUUACACCUUUUAACUUGAAAGGCGUUUUUGAACGCUCCGAACACCAAAAUUUGAAAUUUUCCGUAUUUAAAUUUAUUACUCAUACCGACACUGAUGUUGAAACAGCAAAGAAAAGCAAUAUAGCUUUAUAUGACAGACUUUUGAAAAUUCUAUGCAACAUUAAUGACGUAGAAAUAAGUUUAGAUAGGAUACCUCUUAAUUUAGAUAUGAAAGCUCGGUGCUUUGCACGAGUUUUUGAAAACAUUGGCUCAGACAAGCAAAAAGAUUUUCUUUUAACCAUUGUUCCUUCUCAUGUUACAGGAGAAGAAAAAGACUUUACCAUCAUUGUAUGUGUUUGCACAGAGGAUCAGCUGUUAUUUGUGGAUAAAUUGAAACGAAACGAAAAUAUGGAACGAGUAGUUUGCUCUAAACAUUCUCCUUCUAUUCUACGUAACCCUGCACUAGCGCAUGAUGAGGAACAUGCCCUCGCUUCAUCAGCAACAUAUUGCGAUUUCGUUACAAACUUACAUGCAUACAGCUUUACAUAUGGAGUUUACAAGUAUCUGAACCAAAAAUUAAUGAUAGACCGAGAAAGCAUUGUCUCUGCUGUUGAAUCCUGCUACGAAUAUAGAGAAGAAAUUGAUCUCACCGAAUUCUUUGAGGCCAUAUUAUUAUCUAGAAACUAUUUCUUUGAUAAAUCUGAAAAUGACACGACUCCAUGCGAGAACAUGGUUAAUUCAUUCAAAACGAUAAUUGAAAAGUACUUUGAAGAAAUCAAAGGAACCAAAUUCCAUUUUUAUCUACGAGAAAGCUCCAUUCCCAAAUCUACCAAAACUGUUCCAAAGCCCAUAAAGAAGAAAAAUAGCGUGAAAAGCUUUGACCAUCUCGAAGAAAUUGAUAACGAAGAAAACUACGAUGAAGAUGUAUCAGAUGAUGAGAUUCAUAGUUUCCACAGUGGUGAAGAUGAGACCACACAUUCCCUUUCGAGCCUUUCUGCGGGAAUGAGAGAUGUACAAACAUCUGAUCACCAAUCAGACUCUCUCACUGAAAGUUCUGGCUCCUCAGUUAGUGAUGCCUUUAAUUUAACAGAGCUGGAAAAUUCCACUAUUCCUGUAUUCAUGAGAAUGGAGUGUGUGUUAACUCCAAUUAAAAGAGGAAAAGAAGAAUGGGAAGAUUUAGAUGAUUUAGAUGAAUACGCAAAUGAUCUUAAACUUCCGAUCAAAAAUAUCCCAAUAGAGAGAAUUUCAAAGAGUAUCAGAUCCAGUAAUGGAGAUUUUUCAAAGCUUUCUUCUUCAUUUGGUGAGAAAGAAGAGGAUAGCGAAGAGGAUGAUGAAUCAGACUUUACCCCAAGCAAACUUAAAACAGAAAUGGAUUUUGACUGGAUUAAUUCUUUGAAUACCGUAAAAACAACGUUGAGAUUUUAUUGCAUUACGUUACCACCUGACAAAUAUUGCGCUUCGUUUAAUGGAUUUGAGCCCUCAAAGAAGGACGUUCUGGGAAUGUUUAGAAGUCAUGUGUCUGAAACCCAAUCUGCUUAUGCCAGAAGUAAAUUUGAACUCGAAGACGAUGUCUUUGAUGGAGACACAACCGAUGAAGCAGCUCCUUACUUAGACAAGGGCUACCUCCCGAGACAUAUCCGAAGAAUAGUUUCCAGAACUAAAAAACGAUUACAAGCAUUGGUCUCCAAAGAAAUACUGAAUGCAUUACUUAGGACGCACCCUAUUACAUCAUAUUCUAUUAAGAAAGUUUUUGAUAAUGUUGAAAAGCUUCCCGCAUCAUGCUAUCAAAAGCAUACUAUUCCUUUAUUUUUUAUUGAUCCAGUUGAAGGUGCUAAACUCUUUCACCAGGAGCUAUUGAAAUGCAAAAAUGUGGUCUUCAAAAGUAUCGAUAACCACUACGUUGUUUACUUUAGAAAAAGAAAUUGCUGCCAAAAACAUGCCAUAUUUGAAGAGUAUGACAGAAAAUGUGAGCAUGAAUUACCCCCUGGUGACACGCCAAACAAAUUUAAAAUUUUCAGCAAGGAGCUCGAUGACUUGGACAUGACAAUGUUCGAUAAUGACACAGAAAUGGAAAGAAGUUGUAUUGAAGUACCAUUUUGGAUCAUUCUGAAAGCAGAGAGCAAGAAAUCAAUGUCCAUGCUGUUUUACUCUCCAAACUCACUUUCAAUUUCACAGGCUAACGACGUGGUAAAUAUUGUUUUCAAAGCAGUUGGAGUAGUUUGUAAGAGAGUCAAUACUCUACUUCUUCUCUCAAAUUUGCAUGAUACAAGAAUUUGCAGUUCAUUACUUCUUCCUGUUAGAAGGGAUAAAGAUAAGAAGGCAGUCUCUGAAGUUAGUGUGCUUGACAAGAAGUUUUUACGUAAGGACAACGAGAAACCAAGCAGUGACAAGUUUAAUGAGGGAGAUUUUGCAUGCAAAAAGACCUUUGAAAUUUCUUUUCCUCUUCAUAGUCGUCUAUCAACAGCAAUGGCGAUUAACCACUUGAAUCAAGUUGUUUUCAAUCCCUUCGUUGUUGCCAAUAGAAGUGAAAUGUUUGUGUACAAGGAGAGGAGUGGUCGUGUUUUUUAUCUUCAACUCACGGAUGGUAACAAACAAAACUCUACUACCGUUCAAACUCCAAAGAGUGAAGAGUCUCCAACUCUUGUCUCCUCGGCUAGGGAUGAGCAAGAACACAAAACCAAGCUUAAAGAAUAUUCAAUUUCUCUCUCCAGUAUGGGACAAUACCUUUAUGCUGAAUUUGAUAUCAAGAAUGACAUUUCUUCUGUUAUUUUGGAGGUUUACGGUGUAUAUCCACCAAGUAUUGAGAUUACAACCCAACUUAAGAAUCUUAUUGAAGCCAAGCUAUCAUCACUCACCAUGAAUAUCAUCUCCAAUUUAUUGUUGAGAAAUAGGCAAUUUAAAAUCACAGUUGAAGAUUUGCAGUUUAUUAGACCGUUGCUCUCUCAACCUCACAAGAGCGUUGUCAUUACUCUUCCAAAAUUUAUUAACAACAAGUUACUUUUCAUGUUAUUUGCCAGAAAUAACAUGUUGACUUACAUGAAUCAAUUAUAUCUGACAAGUAGCGAUGAAUCUGCAGAGAGUCCUAGUACUAUCUCGUAUAUGUCUUUCACGGAAGAUGAAGAAGACGAUAUGGUUUUCAAAGCAGCUGAUUUUUCAUUCUUAUAUAACUCAGUUACUCAGAAUACAUACUCAAGAGCAAUGACGUCUCAGGUCAAUUGCAGAGGUAUUGCUUGUGUACAAAUGACGCUACUAAAUCAAGAUGGUGAGAUGGUAACAGUUUUCCCGUCAAUGAAAGAGCCAUACACUUGCGAUUUGACCGGAGUAUCACAAUUGGGUCUGCUUCAAGAGGAGCCAUCAAACAUUGCUUAUACAGAUUUUGGAGCUCCCAUCCUUCGUAAAGAGGGAAGUAACUCAGAUGAUGAGGACGAUGAAGAAAAUGUCAUUGAAAAGAGCGCUUCUGCAGCUCAUCGAAGUGAAAACGGUAAAAUACUUCUGGAAGUUUGGAAAAAAGGUGACAUAGAUUUAGCUUCUCUUAUUGAAAAGCUUUGUCUCACUCUUAACCAAACAUUGAUAGAUUAUAUUAUUGAGUGUGGGCUUUUCACGUCUCCUGUAAACCUAGAAGGACUCAAUCGUUAUUUUCUCGUAAGACUACAAACUCAGGCCAUUAAGGCAUGUAGAAUAAGCUCGCCAACAUUGAUGGAGCAUAGAGCUUCUCUAUUUUUACCGUUGUGGGAAAUGAAUAGAUUUAUUGGAGAUUUGUACAAUUUAUUGUCCGCAUACAGUUUUAAAUUGCGACCAAUUACGUUUGUAAGCAAAGAUACCAGGCAAACAUUUGUCAAAUAUUCAAGAAGCAAUGAUUUUAUUGAACAAUAUCAUCUGGUAGAUUCAAGCAACAUUUGUUUUGUUAUGAUGGCUGGUAAUUUUUCUGUUUUAACUGAUAAGGUUAUUAAUAUUGGAGAAAAUAUCAAGAUAGGCGAUAUCAUCUCGUUGGAUGGGUUCAGUUACAGAAAUUCGAUAAAAUAUACCAGAAAAUGCUGUAUUGUCAUUAUACUAACGAGUUCAGAAUUGCAAGUAAUAGCAUACAAUUGGAAGCCACAACAAUUUGAAAAGUUCAAGUAUCAUUUGCACCAAACAGUGUCAUGGUUGAGAUGUCGAGCUCACUUACUAAACAGCAUACUCCAUCAAAAGUUGGGACUCUUUUACCAUUCUCAUUCAACCAACUUGGCAACAGUUCCAACCAACCUAUUGAUCCCUCUUGGGAAACCACAAAAAGAGGUUCAAUUUGCAUUUAACAACAUUGAUUUGCUCAUUUACAAUAAGCAGAGCGCUCCAAGCGAUCCAAAGUCUUCCAAUACUAUGAGAAGAACAAAUCCUGCCGUAACAACAUCCACCACAACUAACAAUCCAACAGGAAGUAUGAUUCCACCAAAACAACCAAUUCUGGACGUGAGGGGAGGACAAAUGUACAAUCGUUUCAAAAAUCCAGGCAUGAAUUCUACACUUGUUACUUCAUCUGUAAAUGAUAUUUCUGUAAAAACAGAUAUUCAAAAAGUAAGAAAAGAGAAGAAGCCUCCUUCAAGCAAAAAUCAAUUUGGAUCCCUGUUGAAAGGAAUAUUUGAUUUAGACAAGACACCUUGCAAACAAUUGGCCAAGAAAACCAUGAAUGACAACAAACCACGUGAUCCGCUUCUUAUUCAUGGGCUUCACUUUAAACACAUCGUGCAUCAGAACUACAAAAAGAAGGUUGAACAACAGCAAGUGUCAAAGAUUUACGGAUUUUGGAACAAAUCUCAAUCUACAAACUUAAAAUCUAAGGACUUCCAACUCAUCAAGAACACUUCAAGACUAAUCCACUUUUGCAGGGUACCUCUCCUGUUUAACCCAUUGAGAAGAAUAUUAUUUAGCCCAUCAUCUUUUAUUUCUUCGUCCUCUGCUGCUAUUAUUCAACAUCUUGACAGUGAGGGAGUCACAGGCGUAGAAGAGCAACAAAAUAACAACCUUCGUGAAAUUGGUUAUCACAGAAAGGUAUUUGAAUCAUUCUUGAGCGAAUAUGUAGAGUAUAUCAAGUCAUUGGAUAUUUCUGACGUUUUCUUGCAUCCUUCAGAUCAGCAUGAUUCAUCACCAUUAUUAGCCUCAACUCCAAGUGACAUGAAUCCAAUUACUACCUCAACGGACAACAAAUCAAGACCACAGCCCACUCCACUUGUCCAAGUUGUGGGAAAUCAAAUUAUUAAGCUCCAACCCACCACUAUUUACUUCCAUAAACAAAUGGACGAUGGAGUACUAUUCUUAGAAUUAGGUCUUGACAGUAUUUAUGUGUACCUAAAUGUUUAUAUUUCUGACAUUACGUCUCAAAGACCUUCCUUGCUGAAUCCUCGAGCCUCUACCAGAGGAGAGUUCUUGAAAAAAGUGAGCCAAUUCAAACACUCACUGCACAUGAAUUCAUUUUCAUAUGAUUUCCACUUGAGAAAUUUUUUGAAUUAUCUUACAACCGAUUACUCUGGAUUUCCAUCAACUUUGAGCUUUAUGAGUUUAUUGAAAGACUUUAAUCAAUUUUAUCCAAACCCUCCACCCCAUACAAGAAAUAUCUUACAUUCACACACCAUCACUUUUGAGAAUGUUAAAGACAUUGCAGAAAUUAUGCGAGAAAAGGCAACAACACCUAAAAGUAGCAUGAAAUCUCUUGAACGAGGUCGAUCCUACAGUACUGAGAGACGAGAAAUGUUGAAUGAUCCAUUUCAAUUUUUCUUUGAAUAUAUUUGCAAACACUCUGACAAGUAUAAGGUUAAAUUCAGUCAAAAGAGCAAAGAGUGUUUCAUUCUUGACACUUACAUUUCUCAUGAGGAAGCAGAUUACUCGUACUGUGUAUUGGUAACAAAGUCAGUUGUACAUUCUGAUUCACAUACCACAUUUUCAUAUCAUGGAGCUUCAUCAACUAAUUCAUCAAGGUCUCCAAGUCCUCAAGAAGAAGAUAGCACAAUGAAUCUCACCAUGUAUAUAGUGUUUGUAGAUGCAACGAAUAGACAUCCUUAUGAUAGCGAGAUUGAAGGCUCUAAAGACAACAUGUACAAGGUGAUUACACAAAUGGCUCAACAAUACGAAAGAAAGUUGGCAAAUUUGCUACAAAGUGUCAAAAACUCAUUCAAGCUGGACAUUUUAUGGGAUAUGGCUCUUAAAUUCAGGAUGAGCGAAAACUUAUUCAACGAACUUGAUGCUUUAUGGACUAAGACUCAAAUAACUGAGUAUGACUUUACUCUCUCAAUAUUUGAGGCUACCUACGUGCCAUGGAAUGACGUGAUUUCUGAGCUAUGGAAUAUUUAUGGAGGAGAGAGGGCAGGAAGUAUAUUCAAGAAGGAUGGCACUGCUCAACAUUUACUCAUUACUCCAAGUAAUAGAAGCACUGAUUUCAUGUUGCACAUCCAUUACAAGAUUAAGGAAAACUCUGUAAUCAUCUAUUUCUGUAAGAAGAAGCUUGCAAACGAGCCUGAAUCUCUUCAAGAUCAGACUCAUUCUGCCUCCAUGUUGAGAUCACCAAAUACCAACAUGCCAUCACCAGCCGUAAGAGUCGAUCAAAAAUCGGAAGGUGCCCAAUCUCUGAUCAUUAUUCCAAAUCAAACAGAACGAGAUUUUAUUGGUUCCUUUGUUAAUCACGUCUGCUAUGUUCUGUAUCGUCUUAGCUUUUAG